GUCCAUAUGUUUUAUUAAUCUGCGAAGGGCGGCGGUGGUAGGGAAUCUGAGUGUGUCUGACUGAAGAGCUUUGGAUUGGAGAUGCAGAAAGAAAGGGCAGUUUCAAGGAAGUGACGGACGACGCUUGGAGGACUGGUCAGAGGAAGUUUGCUCGGUGGUUGGUGCCGUGCUGCUGACUGAAACUUUUGCCCGUUGAGCGCCAGCAGCACCGGGGAGAGGGACAGAAGGAGCCGCUGGUUGGAGGGAGCUUUUGUUCCCUGCCGCAUAGUAGCUCUCAGGAAUAACUUGAGGUUGGGAGAAGAAGAAGAGGGUCACAGAGGAAUUUUACUACAAGCAACCCCCCUCCUUCUCCUCCCCGCACCUCCUGUUUUUUUUUUUUCUCCCCCCGUCUGGUAGCAGCAAUGGGGAAAGAGCAGGAGCUUCUGGAUGCGGCGCGUACGGGAAACCUGGCGGCGGUGGAGAAGCUUUUGUCCGGGAAGCGACAAACCGCUGGCGGAUUGUCCGGGACCGGUGGAAGCGCCAACAGCGGCGGCCACGGUGCCUCCUCUCACCCGCUCUCCAGCCUGCUCAGCAUCUGGAGAGUCCCCAACGUGAAUUGUGUGGACUGCACUGGAUACACUCCCCUCCACCACGCUGCCUUGAAUGGACACAGCGACGUGGUGGAGGCGUUGCUACGGAACGAGGCCUUGACCAACGUUGCAGACAGCAAGGGCUGCUACCCCCUCCACCUGGCUGCAUGGAAGGGAGACGAACGGAUCGUAAAACUUCUCAUUCACAAAGGACCUUCACACCCCAAAAUCAACGAGCAGAGCUCUGUAGACCCUAAAGAGUUCAAACGCUGUGGGCCCUUUGACCCCUAUAUUAAUGCCAAGAACAAUGACAACGAGACUCCGCUGCACUGUGCUGCCCAGUAUGGUCACACCCAGGUGGUGCAGCUUCUUCUGGAGGAACUCACCGAUCCCACCAUGAGGAACAACAAGUUUGAGACACCGCUGGACCUGGCUGCGCUUUAUGGUCGGCUGGAAGUAGUCAAGCUGCUGCUCAGGGCACACCCCAACCUGCUUCACUGUAACACCAAGAAACACACACCUCUGCAUCUAGCUUCCCGGAACGGACACCUGUCUGUGGUGGAAGUGCUGCUGGACGCAGGCAUGGACAUCAACUAUGAGACCGAGAAAGGAAGUGCCCUUCAUGAAGCUGGCCUUUUUGGAAAGGCUGAUGUGGUGCAGAAGCUUCUAAAUGCCGGUAUUGAUGUAAACAUUACUGACCUGAAGGGCCUCACAGCUCUGGACACGGUCAAAGACAUGCCCUCCCAGAAGAGCAAAGAGAUCGCUGCUCUUAUUCUUGGUCACAUGACUGGAAAACAUCCUGACAUUGACCUCCCCCCUCCACCAGUCCCUCCACCGCAGGAGAGUCCAGUUCCAAGAAAGAAAGUUGAGCUCAUCUCCGAGGAGGAGAGCCCCUACGAAGCUCUGUUUGAAGCCACUUCCUGCCACUCUUUGGACAGCCUCACCAGCGGCAAGUCCUCUGACAGGGACUCAGGACGGCCGGAUAGUGAAGUUGGAAAGAAGGAUCGCCUUAUCCAUUCAUCACACCCUGGUCCUCCUCAAGAGGAGGAGACCAGCUCAGAGCCCAUGCAUAGUAGUAGCAGUGUUGAUGUAAGGAGGGAGCCAGCGGAGGAAGAGGAGGAUCACACGUAUGAGUUGUUGAUGUCUGCACAGACCAAAGUCCCCCCACCCAGCCAGGAAUCCCAGUCUCAUAGAGACGAGAAUACUACUACACAGUCUUCCAACAGCAUCCUACCUCAGCGUAAAUCCUGCGUCCCCCCAAAUGACCUUAGAACCCAAAGUAAGACGAAAGACAGUCUGCACCCUCCUGCGCGGAAAUGCCCUCGAGCUCCCGGAGAUAGCUCCCAGUCCGGCCAGGAUCAGGGAGCAGGUGUCCCGGAGCAGUUCACUGGCCUCCUGCACGGAUCUUCUCCUGUCAUUGACUCCCGCGAGGACGCCUUCAGUCUCCCAGCUGUUCUGCCAGCCAACCAAGUCCAGCCGCAACAAAGGAAAGCUGCUAAAGUCAAACAAGAACCCGCUGCUCCGACGCAACCCGCUCGACCCAGCAUGGCUGCCAUCUUUGCAGACUGCGAUCCAAAAGCAAUUUAUGCCACUGUGAACAAGGAGCCCCGGGACUCGGGCUCCGGCGCACGAAUACGCCCUCCUGGGGACCUGAAGUUGGCCCGCAGCCUGUCCAAGUCUGACUCUGACUUGCUGGUGUCCCCACCUAGUGAGGAUGAAGGGGGCCUGGGAAACCGGAGCGAGUCUGUUUCCAACUGCAGCUCAGGGAAGAAGAGGCUGGAGAAAUCUCCCUCUUUCACCUCAGAAUGGGACGAGAAAGGGAGGACUUCUCCUGUUCCAAAGCUGCGAAGAUCUAAAUCCUGUGACAAUAUCGAGAAGAUCAUGACCCUUAUUGGUGCUCGGAUCGACCUUUCCGGCGAACAGCAGUUUGUUGCACCAGCAGGUGCUUCAGGCCGGCUGCUGGAUCAGCCCGUGGGCGACUGGCUGGAGCAUGUGGGGCUGCCUCAGUAUGAGAGCAAACUGCUGCUAAACGGCUUUGACGACCUGCACUACAUGGGGAGUAAUGUCAUGGAAGACCAGGACUUAAGAGAGAUUGGAAUCACGGACACGAGCCACAGGAAGAAGAUCCUUCAUGCAGCACGCGCCUUUCCGAAGGUGAAAGCGCUGGGCUGUGACGGCAGCAACUCCUUGUCCGCCUGGCUGGAAAAUCUGGGUCUGCUGGAGUACUUGCCCAACUUCCUGGCCAGCAACUACCACACCCUGGACUGUGUUAAAAACCUCUGGGAGCUGGAAAUCGUCAAUGUUCUGAAAAUCACCUUGCUUGGCCACAGGAAGCGGAUCAUCGCCUCCUUAGCAGAGAGACCUUAUGAGGAGCCUCCGGUGAAACCCCCCCGCUUGUCCCAGAUCAGGUGUCAGGACCUGCCAGGAUCUCCCACCUCUUCCCCUUUCAGUCCGAUGGAUCAGUACUCCGGACGCUCAAUGGACCCCCUGGUGCCUGCAGGAGAGCCCAGCAGGAGGAAAGGGGCCGAGAGCGACUAUGAAGCUUCCCAAAGACAUCGCACUGAGCGCCACAAGCCUCACGAGCGGCACGAGGAGUGGAAUCGGGAACCUCGCUUGACUCUGAGACCCCCUAGUCUGGCUGCUCCAUAUGCUCCGGUCCAGGAGUGGCACCACCAGCCUGAGGAGCUCAUUUUUGAGUCCUGCUCCUAUGAAGCUAACUACCUCGGUUCAAUGCUUAUUAAAGAGCUGAGGGGCACAGAAUCCACGCAGGACGCCUGUGCCAAAAUGCGGAGAUCAACAGAACAAAUGAGGAAAGUUCCGACCAUCGUCCUCUCCAUCACAUACAAAGGCGUCAAAUUCAUUGACGCAGCCAAUAAGAACAUCAUUGCAGAGCACGAGAUCCGCAAUAUCUCCUGUGCAGCCCAGGACCCGGAGGACCUGUGCACGUUUGCUUACAUCACUAAAGACCUGCAGACCAGCCACCACUACUGCCACGUCUUCAGCACGGUGGAUCUGAACCUGACAUACGAGAUCAUCCUGACGCUAGGCCAGGCCUUUGAGGUGGCAUACCAGCUGGCUCUGCAGGCCCAGAGGACCAAACAGCACCAGAAUCUGUCUGCAGGAGCUGCUUCUGAACUCUCCGACACGAGGCCGGGCAGACCUGUGCCCAGACCCCGGGGGAGUAUACGCAAAUCAGGGGGGGAUCUGCUGGAACAAGAGGGGGACCCUCAGUCCCAGAGCAGUGCUGCCUGGCUGGUGGACUCCAAGGAAUCCAAGCGCACUAUCAGCACUAAGCGCCGGCCGCUCUGAAGCGCUCCUCUCACACCUGUCACCUCCUGACUCCCGUGAGCAAUUGCCGCUUAGGCGAGCGCCACCCCCCUGCACAUACCCUGUACCUGGAGGGGCGUGUUUCCUGAGGAAACAGCGGAGCUGCUUCUGUAAUUCUAUGCAUCAUCGGCAGGAUUUGGCUUCUGCUCAGUGGGAUGUAGACUUGCAGGCAUAUGGGGGGGGGGGUCACGCCUAGCUUCCUGCUUUGAAGGAAAACGGGGCUAAGAUCGUAGCACUGUGAUGAAGUCCUCUGUCGCACUUUCUGGAGGGAGGGGCGGCGAGAUUCCCGCCGCUGCUGCAGAACACGGAUAGUCUGGAUCAUCUCAGCUUUAGAGUGAGCAGAAGGACUUAAACCCCUUCCUCUGAGACAAACCAACCACGACUAAGCACUUUUACCAAAUCUCCAAGUUUGCAUGAAUAAGUGCAUUUUUUCCCCUUUCUUUCUUUCUUGUCACUACGAAUGCCUUUGUUCUUCAUUCUGUCAGUGCUGCCUUUGCGUUUCUUCUGUUUGCCAGCAAGUUAAUAUUUCACCGCUGACGGUGAAAAGAGUUAACCAUUUUUUAAAUGGAGGGAAGAGGACAAUCCGUAACUUUUGUGCUUUUUUUUCUUCUUUUUUUUUUGUUUUAGUCGAUGAUGAGCUGACCUGUGUGUCUGUGUGUCCCCCCCUCCUGCAGCUGAAAACUGUGGCUGCUCCCGGUCAGUAUGACGGGACAGGAGCGAGUCCUGCUGCGUGGCAGACGGGACAGCGUCCCACCUCCCACGCAGUAGACUGCAUCGCCUCUUCCAGCAGAAGACUGCGCCACGGUUCCUCCCUCGACUCUCACCUCCUCCCUGACGUUCAUUAAGACCCCCGCCGCAUCAGAAUUUUUUUUGGGGGGGGGAAAUGAAGCAGCAGGUUUCACAGCAGAACUUGUAGCUGAAGAGGAAAGGGGGAGUCAGUUUAGACUUCACCCUGCAGGUAUCUUCCUCCCUCUUGAAUCCCAACGGUGGAGAUCUCUGCAUUCUGAUCGAGAUGAACUCAAACCAAACACUACAAAGAUUUUUUUUAUAUCUAUAUUUUGUGCUUUUAUUUGGUACGAAAUUGUCUUUAUUACUAUCAUUAUUUUUUCAUAGGAGUGGAACUGGAUCAGGUGUGGUUCACAGGUUUAUCAGUCACGAGCAUAAUCUAGGCGAGGCAAUUGAGGGAAACCUGCCAUGCAGGGUUGGUACGACCGUCAGUGAGACUGGUUGUAGUUGCUGAUCAUUGAUGGUACUUUUUUGACGCGUAGCUGUGCGUCGGGGUACCCCACCCCACCCGCCCACCCCGCGGUACGAUGCGUGACUCAGACGGACACGCAGUCUCCAGCCACCCACCCGGUCCUGUUCUGCUUUUGCACAUUUGCCAAGGAUCAGGAGAAACUUUGGAUCUAAUCUGACGACGACUUAAAUGAGAACAAUUGGGGAUUCUGGUGGUCUAUAUUUUGAUACUUGAAUGAUUUUUGUUUUUAUAAAUAUAUAUAUAUAUAUGUAUAUGUAUGUAUGUACCUAUGUAAUUUUUUGACGUUUGUCAAAUGAGAGAAAAGGACUAUGUCUUAUAAAUGAAACAUAUCGUGAGCAAAAAUACUUUGUGGUUUAAAAAAUAAAGACUGAGAAAGUGAUAUAAGAGGGACCUCACUUUAAAGAAAAGAUUGUACAUAAUCUUAGUCUUCCAGUCUUUUUUAUGAUUAUUUUUCAUAAUUGUUCAGCCAAUAAAUGUUGCAGUUAGAACUCCUGA